CCCAUACUUUGAAUUCAGACCGUAAUUCGAGGAACGAAGGCGGGCGACUAGACGAAUUUUCUAUAGGUAUUUGUGCGGGCGGGAGAUUUUGGUGUUUGGGUAUCCAGUGAAUGAAGGGCGGUGAUCAGCAGCUGAACUUGCCGGCGGGGUUCAGAUUCCAUCCGACGGACGAGGAGCUGGUCGUGCAUUAUCUCUGCCGCAAGUGCGUCGGGAAGUCGAUUGGCGUUCCUGUCGUAGCGGAGAUCGAUCUCUACAAAUUCGAUCCGUGGGAGCUUCCUGGGAAGGCGGUGUACGGUGAGAAGGAGUGGUAUUUCUUCUCUCCGAGAGACCGGAAGUAUCCAAACGGUUCACGGCCGAACCGGGCGGCGGGAACCGGAUACUGGAAGGCUACCGGAGCCGAUAAGGCGGUGGGGAAGCCAAAGACUCUGGGGAUAAAAAAGGCAUUGGUUUUUUAUGCUGGAAAAGCUCCAACAGGAAUCAAAACCAAUUGGAUUAUGCACGAGUACCGCCUGGCUAAUGUGGAUAGAUCUGCUGCCAAGAAAAACAACUUGAGGCUCGAUGAUUGGGUGUUGUGUCGGAUAUACAACAAGAAAGGAACUCUUGAGAAGUAUAACAAUGUCGAUCGAAAGGAGUUGCACUUAUCAGACAUCAUCCAUGAACAAAAACCAAAGGUGGAAUUGUUUCCGGAUAAUGGGAUGGCGCCAAGGCAGCAGACGCCUCAAAUGGGGAACGGCUACCUGCAUUGCGGCGCAUCUGACUCGCUCCCAAAAUUUUACGUGGACUCGAAUAGCUCCAAGCACGGAUUGUCGCCGGAGUUUAUGGAUAAGGAAGUCCAGAGUGAGCCCCAGUGGAGCGAGUACGGAAGCUCUUUGGAUUUUGAGCUCAACUGCUUGGAUGCUUUUCAAGGUGCCUAUGGUGAUGAAUUCUCGAUAUUUCAGGACAUGUUUUCUUACACGGAGAAACCAUUCUAACAGCCUCAUCAAACACUCUAUGUCGGGAUUCUUUUCAGUAGUUCGAACCAGAAACCUUAGCCGUUGCCCAAAUUUGUGGGGAUCGGCUGCACUGCGACGAUGUUCGAACCCUUAUAUGUAUUGGAUUUAUUCUUUCCAUUGUAUGGCUGGAUUAGACGAUGGAAUAAGAUUCCUUGCGGGAAAUUAUGUGUGUCAA